AUGAAGGGCUGGCAGCGAACAGGAGAGAAUGAAUACAGUCGUCCCUAUGAUGCCCUGGAGAAAUUCUGUUAUACAUUUUUCGAAGAAGCAGCCCCGGAAGGGUUUCGCGAAUUCGACUUGAUUGUCAGCUUGAAGCUUGACUUUGCGCAGGACCCCGAAUCGCUUGUUCCUAUUGUCAAGGAAGCGUGGAAAAACCUGCGAUACAAGCACCCAACUAUUGCUGCUCAAUCGGAUAAGGAGAAAUUCAUCUACCGCAGUCCAACCAGCGGAGAGGAGCUACAGAAAUGGGCCGAUGAGACUUUUAUGGUGAAGGGCGUGCAGCCCAUCCAGGAUGACAACAUUGAAAAUGUCGCGGUGCUUGAACGUACGGAUUGGCCUGUUCUUGCCUAUAUCCCGAGUGAAAAACAACUUGUCAUUCGAAUGCCUCACAUGUACACAGACGGGCUUGGUGCGGUCAUUCUCUCUGAUGAUUUGCUUACUGAGCUCGGGAGACUGGAUUCAAUCGCCACAAGUCAGGGCAGUAGCUUGAGCGGCACGAGUGCCCGAGAGUUCGGGUCUGAUGUUGAGAAUCUACCUGGUGGUGGACUGGCAGCAGUCAACGUCCCGGCCCCGUCGGCAGAAGAGUUGGAAAAUCUGCAGGCCUCGUGGUCUGAAAUCAGAACGGACGAAGCAGUUCGUCUACCGGCCAAAUCCCAAACAGCAACUGUGGUGCCUGGUCAAGGCCGGAUCCAACGGCUUCAAUUCUCAGCCGAGGAAACGGCCAGGAUCGUCAGCUACGCGAGCGAUUCAGGGCUGAGAGUGACCCCCUUGGUUCAUGCUGCGAUGCUACAUGCAGCAAGAAGCCAACGACUUCGGCUCGAUCAUAACAAUGACAAGGACCGAGAUUCGACAACGCAUUCCGAUUUUCUGGUAUUCAAUUUCCGCGAUCUUUGUCAGGAUGCGCUUGGAAAUCCAGAUCAAAGGGGCCUGCCCCAGCAUAUAACAGCCUGGGUUUCCCAGUUUCAGGUUAGCGACAGAUCCCACGAUACGGCUCUAACCAUGCGGAAUGAAUACAACAGAAUCCGCGGCGCAAACCGACGUAACAUUCUAUCCACUACGCUGCUGCGUUGUGCGAAGACGCUACCCCUUUUGGCUGAAAACAUACAAAGUUCUGUCAUCAUGAGUUCAUUGGGGAACUUGGAUCCAAUGUUCCAGGAGGGAAAGAUGUAUGGAUCGAUCAAACUGCAGCAGUUCUUCGGCUUGGGCCUACCAUGUAGCCGACUUGUGGCUAUUGGAUUGCAGACAUUCGCUGACCACCUUGAAAUGAGUGCUGUAUAUAAUGAGGCUUAUCACGACGAUGAACAGAUUAGGGAUUUGCUUCAGCUGAUUAAACAGGAGAUAGAAACUAUGGUUCCAUGGGAGUCAUGA